GCUCUUUCGGAAAGAUGGUCAUUCCAGAUGACAGUCGUUCAGCAUCCUUUGCAAGAAGAACUCCAGAAAUCGACUUUGCAAAACUCCCCAAGGUGCGGCAUGUUAGGAGCCCCAGAGGUUCUCACUGUCGGAUCGAAUUUUAUGCAUUUGAUUAAUGGCAAGAAGGCUAUUGAUAUUGGUACAUUCACGGGUGCUAGCGCCCUCGCAUGGGCAAUAGCAGCUGGUGAAGGUGGACAGGUCUAUACGCUAGACAUCAAUCACGAUAACUUCAAAAAGUACGGUGUGCCUGUAAUCUCUAAGGAUCAAAAUAUCUUCAAGAGGAUCGUACCCGUUGAGGGACCUGCUCUCGCAUGGUUAGGUGAGUUAGAAUCCUUGGUUCCGUUGUUUCGACAGUUUAUACUUGUAAAACUCAUUCUUGCAUUGGUCAUACCGUGCAUUCCUCUUUUCUAUACAAUUGUUUCAACAUUGUGA